GAUCUAUUGAUUUUGCCUCCAUUUUGAAUUUGAGAGCACACGGUAAAAACAAGAGUAGUGAACGAAUUCAUUAAUUGUCUGAGAUAGAACCUGAAGUACGGAUUAAAGAAAAUAAUGAAGCUUAAAUUAUGGCAAUGGAGGCUAAUACUACUCUCUUUGCUGUCGUCAGUUUUGUGUCAAAAAUUUAAGAUUUUAUUUUCAACAAAUGGACUAGUUAAAGAACUGGAUCUUUCCACCGGUAACGUGACAAUAUUAGCCAAUGUUUCCUCUAGAGUGUUUUCUAUGGCAUAUGACUACAAAUACGGAUAUCUUUUCCUUCCAAGAUUUGAUUUAGGAGGCAUACUGAGGUUACAUUAUACGUCAGAUCUAUCAUUAGUGACAGUUGUCCCGACAGCAGCCACAACAGCCAACGUCGUUAUUGAUCCUUUGUAUGGUCAUCUCUACUGGACAGAGAGAAUAACAGGGGGAAGGAUAGGUCGAUGCAACUUUGAUGGAUCUAAUGUGACUUUAAUAACGAAUGAGAUUAAUCCUUGGGCCAUCAUGCUCGACUUUGAAAAUUGGUGGCUCUAUUACAGUAUUAUUCAGUCCUAUGUUGGAAGUAUAAAACGAGUCAGGUUAAACGGAACUGAAAAACAGACUGUUUUUGUUCUUCCUAAUCAAAUUGUAGGAUUGGAUAUGGAUAUUGAUCAGAAUAGAAUAUAUUGGCUUGAUUUUGACACUGGCAAAGUACAAUCAGCAAGAACAAAUGGGUCUGAUGUAACAGAAAUAUUUGAUCCUGGCUCAACCUCUUCAAAUUAUGACUUUGUAAUAAAUGGUGACAACAUUUACUAUACCAAUUACAAUAAAAUAAUAAAGUUUCCUAAAUAUCCUGGCACGACGUCACAAGUAAUAUUUACUGACAUUUUAGAGAUUACCAGUAUACUCGUCCUUUCGACGAAAGGUAAAUAUCGUUACUAGUGUAAUAAAAGAAUGCAUACCAGUUAUACAUUGUAAACUCUUAUUUUUUUCUGAUAGUAUCAUUGAUUGUUGGAUUAUAAUUUCUAGCAAAUUAAAUAAAACAACUCUUUUACUCUUACAAAUGUUUCUUCAAGCGCGGAUGUUAAAAGGUGUUUCACAUUAAUGAUAGUUUUUACUAUAAUUAUCGUGUUGACAUAUGCAUCAUUUAAACAAUAAUUGUAUACAUUUGUUGUUUAGAUAAUACCUUCGUAAUUAUUUGAAUAAUAAAGUACAGACUGACGCCAUCUUGAAAAUGCUGGCGAGGUCUGGGUAUCAAUUUUCGAACGUAUAUGAUAUGCAGUAUUUAAAUCGCUCUAAAUGUUCUCAUUUGUUGUUAUCGCUGUUUUAUAAAUGUUUCUAAUUGUUUAGUAUUUUACUGCUUACUAUAAUUUUAUUUUGCACAUUUCCGUUUGACAAAAUAUAUAAAUUUGAAAAUCAAACGGAAAUGGAACAUAAUCAUAUCUAUUAAUCGUUGUGCAUUUAUGUUGCUUUAUAUGGUUUACACACGUUUCAGCUGGUUUCCGCUUAUAACACCUAAAAUUAAAGAUGAAAAUAAAUAAAACGGAACAAAUCUUGUGGCAUUAAUUAUAAACAAACCUACAAGUGUAGGGGCUUUUUUUCAUUUCUGAUGAUUUAAAAUGUAUUUGAAUCAUUUUAUUUUUUUUAAGGGCAUUAGAUAAUUAUUAAUUAUUGAUAAUAACUUAUAUAUUUUGCCCCUCGGAUAUGCAGACGAGUCAAAACAUGCAAUGAUAUGGUUUGACAAGAUAAUCUAGUUAUAUAAAGUUAAACUUUAUUUAUUUCUCUAAGCUGACCAUUCCUUUGAAUACUAUAUUUUUUUGCAAUCGAUAAAGUAACAAUUUGUGAACAAAAUAUUAGUACUUGUAUUUGUAUAACAAAUCAUCAAAUGUUUUUGAGUUGUAGCGACUGGUAAGUAUUAGUCAAUAUAGAGGUUAAAAGGGAGGGUUUGAAUAAUAAAAUAACUAGUAUAACCCCACCACAUAUGUAUGUGUCACAAGUCAGGAACUUCUUUUGUGAUUAUUUCAUAUCUUUGUAUGAAAAUUAACAGAUGUUGAAUGAUUACCAAUUAGACAACAAUAUACCAAAGUUCAAAUGAAGUACAUGUAGAUGUAACCAUGCUUUUUUAUUUGUUUGUUUUAACUAUAUACAAGUUUUAAAGAUAUCUGUCUAGCAUGUCUAAAUUUGGAAAUACUUAAGAUACGUCAUCAACAUGAUAUUCGUUAAUUUUUAUUGGAAAUGUUAUUUUAGUUCAGAGGGAAUUUAAUAAUGUUAUUCAUGUAGAUGUAAGUUUGUUUCAUGCAAUCUAAAGAUCUUUGAAUAGUGUUUUAGGAGUGGCUUUGAGACAUUAAAGUGCAUGUAUUAAAUACCGUAGUUAAGCCUUAAAAAAUGAUUACUAUUGACUUUUUACAACAUCAUUCAUUAGCUGAAUUUAUCAUCUGAUUCAGAUUAGAACAAACAUAUAUAUCCACAUAUUGUAGGUAAAAUCUCGAAAAGACAGAAGUUAAAUCGCAACAAGUUACUAGAUUCAUUCCGAAUCUAAAUGUAUCAUUGUACGGAGUUUACAUCGUGGUACAGGGACAGAUUGUAAAACUACCGUAUGUGUAGACAAGCAUAACACAAGUUUCCUGUUCCGGGCUUUUGCUUCUGUUGGAUAUUUUGGUCAUAGUACAUUAGCACUGAAAUAUGAACUACAAAAGUUACGUAGUGUGGAAUAACAAAGGUGGAACUGGGAAAACGUCCCUGGUAUUCCAGCUGUCUGCAGAAUACGCAAGACAGAAUCCUACACACAAAGUCAUUGUCAUCGAUAUGUGUCCGCAGGCAAAUGUUUCAAGUUCACUGCUCGUCAAUACAUUUUCUAAUUUUCCAGGCGAGAAAGUUGUUUCCGAUGCAUCUAAGAUUGAUACGAAAGGGAAGAAGAUGAAAAGUUUUGAACCAAAUGUAUGUGGUUAUCUUUUAUCAAGACUCGAUCGGGACGAAAGCGUGAAAGGAACGAUUAAUUGGAACCAAUUCUUGAUACAAGCGAGCGUAUUCAAUAAAUUCGUCCCGGAUAAUUUACGUCUCCUUUGCGGUGACAUUUAUUUAGAGGUUCUCUCGAAAAGACUUGAACAAGAACGACAACUCGUGCCAACUCGAUAUGAUCAUCCCUGGAGAAGAGUUACCUUAUUCAUGAAGGAUUUUAUCGAAUUCAUCAGUUCUAGUAACAAACAAGUUUUUCAUAUGUUCUUCAUUGACACAAAUCCAAGUUUUUCCAUUUACACAGAAAUGGCAAUAACUGGCGCGCGUCGCAUGGUCGUUCCAUUUACGCAAGAUGAUUUUUCAGUGUCUGCAAUUAAAGCUAUGCUUUAUUCAGUUUACGGCUUUACAAGCGAGGACAGCGAAAGACUAGAAGGCUUGAAAGAAUCGCAGUAUUUUUGGCUAGCAGACAAGUAUGGAAUAUCGCCUCCAAAAUUGCAUUUAUUCAUAAACAACAGAGCGACAUUUUACGGAACGAAAGCAGCCGCUGCGUUUGCUGCGAUAGGUAACGAAGUAAGCGCUGACCUGCUUAAGGUUUAUAUAAAAUGCCAGGACAUCUUUGAAACUGUGACAGAGUUAUCUUCUCUUGAUUUAAUCAUGGACAUUAACAAGUUUAAGAUGAGAUAUUUGAUUGAUUGCUGUGAUUUCCAAUCUACCAUAGUACUAUCCUUACAUAAUGGAUGCCCGUUCUCACAAAUUGACCCAGGUUCACAUACGAUUUACGGGUCACAGAUCACAAUAUCUAAAACUAAUUUGGAAGAUUGCAAAUAUGCUAUUUUAAAAAUUGUUAAGUCGCUGUAGAAGAAAAUUGCCAGAGAUUUUAUAUGUGUUAUUUACUUUUACAGUUAGUAAUACUAGACAGAAACCACCGCUUGUUUACUCUUAGUCCCAUUGUAUAAUGCGCUAACAUUUAUUUUCUGUAUGCUAUAAUUUAUUUGAUUGGAAUAGAUAUCGCUUAUUUCCCUUGUAUAA